AUGGAAGCUAACAGUGAGUCAUGGAAGCUAACAAUUUCCACGUCCUCCCCGGGAGCCUCGUCCCGAUCCGACCGACUCGGUUAUCGGCGAGUUUCCAUCGGCUCCGACCUGCGGCUACGACACGACACAAAGUCACCCAGAGACCGCGGAGACGCAGCCAACGCCGUUAUCAGCAACACACGGCGCCGCUCGGUAAACAGACCGACGAGACCGCGGAGACGCAGCCAACGCCGUUAUCAGCAACACACGGCGCCGCUCGGGACGAUUCGGGAGGGGACGGGGACGAGACGGGGACGAGACGGGGACGAGACGGGAGGGGACAAGACGGGAGGGGACGGGGACGAGACGGGAGGGGACGGGGACGAGACGGGGACGAGACGGGGACGAGACGGGGACGAGACGGGGACGAGAGUAAAGUGCUACAAUGAAAAAACAGACAGUAAAGUGCUACAAUGA